CGACCAACUCCUCCUGCCGCUCAAUUGAGCUUUAUUUCCCGCUUCGACUUUCGGUGAACGAAGGCCUGCUCGCCAGAAAGGCACAUCCUCCAUACUCUCGGCACCAUGUCCACUAAGUACGCCUUCAGCAAGGGCCUCAAGGAGCUCAGAUUCCUCUUCUGCCACUCUUCCGCUCACGGCGAUGCGACAAGAACAUUUUUAAAACGGGCGUACCCGACGAUGAAGAAGCAUAAUCCCUAUACGCCGAUUUUGAUCCGGGAGGCGGCAGACAUUGAGCCGAGAAUAUUUGCGAGAUACGAGUUUGGAAGGGAAAAGCAGCAAUCACUGUUAGGCCUAUCGGACAAGGAAAUAGAACAAUUAGUCACUACAUUGGUGCAACCCAAGGAAUAAGAGUUGUCCGUGUUGGAUUUUAUUGUUUACGACUUAGACCCGGCAUUUUUCUCUGUACCUAUAUAUCACGAAAUAAACCUUCCUUUUCCAGAACGCCCAAUGCAAAUAGAAAAAAAAAAAAAAAAGAUUCCAAACCCGGAAUUGAAUGAUACCAAAGUCAAGGGGCAUACGUGGUGUCCGACCUCAAUUGGUUACAACCUCCCCGAAUCGGAAUUGCGCCCAGCUCAUGCUACCUUCCGGCAGAGUGAACAAUCUCUUUCCCACAUCAUCUCCCGCAGCCCCGGCUCCGAUAUGAAUUGGCAACAGAUGAUCAAACGUCGGGUGCGCCUGUCUCGCGUCGGGUCUUUUAAGCAGAUCCCGAAGAGCCCUCUGCCUAUCCGCAGGUGCAGUUGCAACGGCUUCGUUGAGCGCCUCAUCAAAACUUGCAGCAUAUGGUAGCGGCCGUGGAUCUCCAAAGGUAAACCGCAGAUCGCGCAGGUUAUGCACGGCCAUUCCAGAGACGAUUAUCUGAAUAUUCUCUUCGCGGAGUUUGGAGACCGCUUGACCGAGACGGAAAUGUUGAUCAGGAUCCUCGGUAUCGAACAAGGAGACUUGGACAACGGGCACGUUUAAGGGGUUGUCUUCCGGGUCAAAUGCUGAUGGUGCAGUUUAGUACAUGUACCCACAGGCCGCGCGAGCUGAAUCCAUCUGAAAUUGAGUACAUACCACACUUGAAACUCGCCCAAACCCCGUGGUCCAACCCUCUCUUGAC